AUGGAGGUGGUGGUGCGUACGGUUCCUGGAGUCCGGAGCUGCUUCGCCGCGCUCCCUCUCCCCGUCAUCCAAGCGCUCGAGCGUACCGCCGUCGGCGGCACCCUCCCCGCCGUCCUCGCCCUCGAGCUGCGCACCCCUGACCGGUCGCGAUGGCGCCUCGCGUGGGCAGGCGCCGUCUCCGCCUCCCCCAAUGCGGUCGAGGUUUCUCAGCAGUUUGCUGCGUGUAUUUUGUUACCUGACAAUACAAAAGCAUCGCUAAGUGCUGUUUCUGUGUUGCCAAAAGCCAAAUUUGUUUCCGUCGAGCCAGUAAGCGAGGAGGACUGGGAAGUACUGGAGCUUAACUCAGAGCUGGCAGAAGUGGCCAUUUUGAAACAGGUUGGUAUUAUUUAUGAUGGUAUGAAAUUCCCAUUAUGGCUGCAUGACCAUAACAUUGUGGAAUUUCUUGUUGUUUCAGCAUCACCUAGUAACUCGAUAGUUCAACUUGUUCCUGGAACUGAAGUUGCUGUUGCACCAAAGAAACGAAAAGAUGGCUCAGAUUUUAAUCAGUGUGCCCUUAAACAAGAUUCACUCAAAGAACAGCCCCAUAAAAAGGCACUGCUCCGUGUUCAGGAAGCGGGAGAGAAAUAUGUACAUCGAUUUGAAUAUAAUGGAAUUCAACUGGGUGUGUUUGUUACAUAUGUUGUUCAGAUACACCCAGAUACUGCUGCAAAAUUGUCUCUCGGUAAUCUCCAGUCGGUCAGUAUCACCCCAAAAUUCUCGCCAAAGGGCAGUACAGAAAAUGCAAAAGGAUCUGAUCAGCAGAUUAAGGGUUCAGUGUCUGGUAUAAAGAGGAAUAGGCAUAUCGUUGUCCAUAUCAUAUUAUCAAAUUCUGUUGCUAAAGGGCAUAUUAUGCUUCCUCAAUCCAUCCGCUGUUACAUUGGAACAGGUGUUCAUUCAUGGGUUUAUGUGCAGAGAUUCUCACCCAUUGUGAAUAAGAAUACACCGUCAGUAAACAUUUCCCCAGUCUACUUUAAGAUGCUGGAGAGAAAUUCUGAAAGUACCAGUGCAUUAGACUGUCAAGAACAGGAUAAUUAUCAAAGGCUAGGUGAGAUAUCUUCAGCCGAUCAUCCUCCCACGGAUGAUAAGAUCAGUAUACUGCAUGGGUUCAAUGACAUCGCUGCAACUGCGAAUGGGGAGGAAAGUUCUAAGUUGAAGCAGGAGAGGUCUUUCAUCAGGUCAUGGCUUAUUGGGCAGCUAAAGGGAAUCUCCUCCCAGAUUGCCCAACUUGAAAUAAAUACAGUGCUUCUGCCAUCUGAAACAUUGCUUCACUUUCAAGUGAUUGAUCAAACAAGAGGCAGACCUGUUGAUCUUAUCUACCUCUUGACGGUUACCUCUGAUUUUGGUGUCAAGCACAAGAAAAUGGAACCUGUCAUGGCAAUUGAAUAUGAUAUUGAUAACUUCGAACAGGUUGUUCAGCAGUUGGACUUUAAUAGAGCUAUAUCCCUUGAUUCAACAACGGAACAAGCAAACAAAUAUUUUGAAAAAAGGAUAAGUGUCCUUUUAUCUUCAACAUCUCUAAAGAAAAUCAGUAGAAUAAACUUCCCUUCCCCAGGAAAUGUUCUUAUCUAUGGCCCUCCAGGUUCUGGGAGAACAACCUUAUGCAAAGCUGUUGCAAGACACUUUGAAGAACAUAAAGAAAUUUUAGCUCAUGUGGUUUAUAUAGACUGCUCAAAGUUAGCUAUUGAGAAUAACAAGAAGCAACUUCAAGCAAUUGCAGAGUAUAUCUAUGAAGCUAUUGUCCACUCUCCCUCAAUCGUAUUAUUUGAUGAUCUGGAUAGUCUAAUUUCAUUCUCCCCAGACAACCGAAAAUCUCAGUCCUCUGAUUCUGGUGCUAUUGCAAAAUACUUGGUACACGUGAUAGAUGAGUACAGAGAUAAAAGCCAUGGCAUGUGUGGAUAUGGGCCUGUUGCAUUUGUGGCUUCAGUUAAGUCACUUAAGUGCCUUCCAGAUGAGUUGACUUCCUCAGGGAGAUUUGAUCUUCAUGUACAAGUUCCUGGUCUGUCUGUACCUGCGGGUAUAGAGAUACUGAGGCAGACAAUUGGCAAGCUUCACUUAGUAUGUUCUGCGGAAAUUGUCAGUGAUAUUGCGUCGAAAUGUGAUGGUUAUGAUGCAUAUGAUUUGGAAAUUAUGGUUGAUAAGGCUGUGCUGGCUGCUUCUGAUCGUUUGCUUGGGUCUUCUAGUGUAAAUCUGGUGGAGGAAGACUUCCUGAAAGCCAUGAUGGACUUUUCUCCUGUUGCAAUGCGUGAUAUUAGUAAAUUUUCUCCUGAAAGUAGCAGUGGAUGGGAAGAUGUUGGAGGACUUUCCGAAGUUGUAAAUGUUAUAAAAGAGACUAUUGAAUUGCCACUAAAAUAUCCGAAGUUUUUUACUGCGGCUCCUGUAAGGCUGCGAUCGAACAUCCUCUUGUAUGGCCCAACAGGCUGCGGAAAAACCCAUGUUGUGAGAGCUGUAGCUGCUGCAUAUUCUUUACGUUUCAUUCCAAUCAAGGGGCCUGAAUUGAUGAAUAUGUAUAUUGGUUCUACUGAGCAAUAUCGAGGAAAACAUGGUACACAAGUUACUGAUCGUGUUGUCAACCAGUUUUUGACGGAAUUAGAUGGUGUCGAAGCUCUGACAGGAGUAUUUGUAUUUGCUGCCACCAACAAGCCACGUGAAAUUGAUGCUGCACUAUUACGACCUGGAAGAUUUGAUCGGCUUGUGUUUUGUGACUUUCCCCAACGGAAUGAGCGUCUGGACAUUCUCAGGGUGCUCUCCAAGGAGCUUCCUCUGGCAAGCGAUGUCGAUCUGGAACCAAUCGCAUCAAUGACUGAAGGGUUCAGUGGCGCUGAUCUGAAAGCUAUACUCACAGACGCUGGACUGCAAGCUGCCAAGGAGGCCGUGCAACGCCAAUCUGGAGAAGCUUGUAGCAGUACUCAACAAGGGCCGCCUGGUAUCACUAGAGGAACUCUCAUGUCUGUUGCUUCAGAGGCCAGACCAUCAACCUCAGAGGAGGAUAGGAUGAGCCUGAGGCAGCUGUUCAACCAAUUCUCAACCUCAAGGAAGUCUUCAAUUUCCACCCAGAGAAGGGAAGCUAAUGGCCAGACCCAAAGGGUAGCUGUAGCUGAGUCAUGA